AUCAAUGGUACUAUAAUAAACCAAAAUGGCCGCCGUGUAAGAUAACAUUGUUCAUCACAAUAGAGGCGAUUUAUGAUCCAAGAAUUUAAUUUAUUGAGACUUACCGAGGUUCCUGUUUUAAAUGAAAUAACUAGUACGUUUUUGAUAUUUGGUGACAAGCAGUAGUUUAACACUAUGGCUUGGCAAAUGCCUACUUCGGCUCAAUGGGGCUCAGGUAUGGCGAAUAUGGCCAUAGCCCCUGAUAUGAAUAUGGCAAAUAUGAAUACGUACACGCCCGAGCAAUGGGCGGCAAUGCAGCAACAAAACUGGCAGCAGUGGACCCAGUGGCAGCAGCAGUAUGCUCAGUGGCAGGGCCAGUUUGGAGAAAAGUAUAACGAACAAAUGCAAGCUAUUCAAGCUAUGGGUGGGAUGCCGCCUCUUCCGCCGGCGAACACUGCUCCCCCGCCCGCGCCUCCGCCGCCUGACCAGCCGCCGCCGCCUCCACACGAGAACAACCAGCCGCUGUAUGGAAGUGCCUCUUCUCAACCCGCACCGGUGCCUGCUCCCACAGCUAACCAUCGAAAUAAUACCUCUGGCAAUCAUGCAAACAUAAACACUCAUCCACAAGCAGGUAAUAAUCAAAAUUGGUCCUAUGUUAAAGAAGCAGCUCAAACAAAUAAAACUCCUGCAGCUCAAAGUUCAGUGAAUGCUGAAGCUUUGAAGAAAUUAGCUGAAGAAGAGAGGCUUUUUGACAUUCAAUUUCAAAAAUGGGAAGAGGAAAUUGAGAAGUGGAGAAGGGAUAAUGUCAAUCACCCUGACAAACAGGCUUAUAAAGAGUAUGAGCAAAAAUUUGAAGCAUGUCGUGCUCAGCUUAUGGAACGCAGGCAGCAGAUGAAACAAAAAAGAGCCAGACUUCUGAGUAAUACUGCACCUGUUCAACCAGCUAACACCACAGUUGCAAGCAAUGUAACAACUGCUCCUCCAAAUCUAAAUAAUACAAAUGUUAAUGCAUUUCCUGGGAAACAAUCUCAGAAUUAUGCAAAUAGUUCUACCCAAAAAUAUCCAGAUCAUGGCAAUUCCCAAUAUCAACAAGAACAAUAUAAUGUGCCUAAAACAGCAUACAACAGGGGUAAUAAUAACAAAAACAUUGAUCCGCAAGAUAGAUUUGAAUCAUAUCAGAGCAUGAGUGAUAAUACUUAUCCAACAAAUGUAAACUUUUCUGCUCCUCCGCCUAGCUUUCUGCCUACAAGUGGAUCUAACAAAUCUAUUCCAGGCUUAGAUUUAGUACCUGAGGUUGAUAAGUCAUAUGAUUCUAAUGUAAACCAAGAGGUUGUAGACAUCUCAGAAGAACAAACAGGAGUAACUGGCCAUAACAAAGCCCCAGAUUAUACAACAAUUUCGAAAGGAAUCAAUAAUAUUCUUGGUGAUGAGAAAAUUAUGAAUAUUCUAUCCAUGGUUCGUGGACAAUCUUCGCAAGAUUACUCAGCUAGUGCUCCGAAUAUGAAUACUCCAAAUAUGAAUAAUCCAAACAUGAAUGCUCCAAAUAUGAAUGUUCCAAAUAGGAACAUUUCAAAGAUGAAUGCUCCCAUGCAUGGUCCAAACAUGAAUGCUCCAGGACAUUAUAAUUACAAUAAUCAAAACAAUAUUCCUUAUGGCCAGGGGAAUAGGAAUCAGAAUAAUCAAAAUAAUAGUUUCAAUAAUCAACAAUAUGAUAAUAGACAAAACAUGCCUUUCAACCGUCAAGGACAAAAUUAUGGAGGGCAACUAAAUCGGGAAAUAGAUACUAGUUAUCCACCUCCAAAGAGAAUGCAUGAUGAUAUGUCCCAAGAUCAAUAUAAUUAUGAAGGAAAUGUGCAGUUUGGUGGGAAUAAUAUGCCACCAUCGUAUGACAAUGGGCCUCAGCGGGCUGGGCCUCCACAUGUUGGUCCUCCACGGCCCAACAUGAACCCACACAGACCUCCAAUUCGCCCUCUGAUGCAAGAAAUAACGGAACACCCAGCCAUGAAUGAAUUUAAUCAAGGCCCACCUGACUUCAAUCAAGGCCCUCCUGACAGAAAAAUGUUUCAUGAAAGUAAUGUUAACCCUGCUGCAAAACAGCCUAUCCACCCCCAAUGGAUAGAUGAACCUUUGUUCACACCGUCCCUAAUUGUUGAAUAUGAGCACAAGCCUCUGAGAUUAAAAGCCCGAGAUUUUAUUGAGCCUGUUCAUAUGUUUGAUUAUAAUCAUAAAUCAAAGGAUGGUGAUGUCAAAAGGAAGGACUUUGAUUUAGAAAAAGAGGUAGAUGAAUUAUUUUCGAGAAAACCUAGAAGACCUGAGAAAGAAAUUGAUUAUUCACGUGAGAGGUAUAGUCGUGAUCAUUAUUCAAGAGAUUUUGAAAGAAGAGCACCAAGGGAAGAUUUAAGAGAUGACUUCCGACCACGAGUCCCUCCUAGAGAUGAUUAUGAGGACAGAAGGCGACUGGAUAGCAGGUAUGACGAUAGAAGACGAGAUGAACGCGACGAGGACAGGAGAAGAGAUGACCGCGAAAAGUACAGCAGACGUGAGGAUAUUUACAGAGACAGAGAGAGAGAUUACAGGGACCGUGAUCAUGGCAAGGAUGUUAGGAGAGAUGAAAUAAGGCAUCGCAGUAGGAGUCGUGAACGAGAUUCUCGUAAAAGGGGACUGAGUAGGGAUAGCGAAAGUAGCAUUAAUCAUUCAACUAAAAAAUCGAAGGAUAAAGAUGAAAGUGUGGCAAAUACUCCAGCAUCAUCAAAACACAUUGUUAUGAUAGAUGACUUAUUAGAAUCUCCUGGUCGAAGUAUGAGACCAGAUAAAAUUGUUAUUAUCCUAAGAGGUCCACCUGGAAGCGGAAAAUCGUAUCUGGCUAAAUUAAUCAGAGAUAGAGAAGCAGAAUAUGGUGGUACUGUCCGGAUCAUGUCUAUUGAUGACUAUUUCAUGCAGGAGGGAGAAGUUGAAGAAAGAGACCCAUCCACUGGAAAAAUGGUUAAGAAACCAACACUAAAAUAUGAAUAUGAUGAAAGCUCUGAAGAAACAUAUCUGAAUUCAUUAAAGAGAGCAUUCAAGAGAAGUUUAACUGAUGGCUACUUUACAUUUUUGAUUUAUGAUGCAGUGAAUGAUCAAUUAAAGUGUUACGCUGAUAUAUGGAACUAUGCCAGGCAGAAUGGUUUUCAAGUGUACAUUUGUACAAUGGAACUAGACCCACAAGUGUGUUUUAAGAGAAAUAUUCACAAUAGGAAAUUGGAAGAUAUUGAAGUUCUUUCUGCUCGAUUCUUUCCUACGCCGUCACAUCACAUACAACUGGACGCGACAACUUUGCUGCAGAAUGCAGCCAUUACUGAAGUUCAGAUGGAGGACGCAGAUGAUGAAGUCGUAAUGGAGGAUGCACAGGAACCGGAGGUUGAAAGCGUAUUUACAUCCAAGUGGGAGAAAAUGGACGACGCCGCGCAACUAGCCCGCCUCGACGGCACCAGCAAGCCUCUCCGGCCAUCGCAACUCUCCAUGGAAGACUACCUACAACUAGACGACUGGACCCCUAACACAGCAAAACCGGGAAAGAAAUCUGUACGAUGGGCGGACAUUGAAGAAAGAAAGCAACAAGAGAAGAUGCGCGCUGUUGGAUUUGUAGUAGGCCAGACUGACUGGAAUCGAAUGACAGACCCGACUAUGGGCUCUAGUGCGCUUACACAAACAAAAUACAUAGAACGUGUAAGACGCAAUUAAAAUAUUCUCUUCAGAAGCUGUUAUCGCCUGACAAAGUAACUCAUUCAGUCUUGAAGUAUGUAUAACAAUAAUAGUGAAAUAAAAAUAAAUCGAUAUUGUAAAACAAUUUGAAAACAAAAAAUAGGUAUCUAUUGAAUUAAAAGUAUGUAACAUCUUCCAUAGUAACUGCAUAAAUUGAGAGUAUGUAUUUUACGAAUCUGUAUGCAGAAUGUCUGUGCUUAAAGUUUAUUAAACGAUGAACUUAGUGUCUAUCAAGAUUUGUAGUACUGCCAUUUUGCGCAAUUAUGAUAUGAGGAAAAAAUCGAACAUCAGCAACAGGAGAGCACACAACAUCUGUCACAGUCAUCUACGUGAGCCCUUUUGCUGUUUUAGGCAGUUUCCCCCUAAUAUAUUGUGAAGGUGUAUAAAUUCCUAAUUUCACAAUGUAUUAAAAAUUAAUUGUUUCUGGAAUAUAAAAAAAAAGUCAACUACCCUGAUAUGCUAAUAUUAGACAGCUUGCUUAAAGAACAAUAUCAUUUCAUUAUGAUGCUCUCUUGGCAGGAAAAACGUUGGUGUUCGGUUUUUUUUUAAUAUUUCCCGUAUUUUCUUUCACUGCUAAUUAUUUGUCCUGAAUAAGAUAACUGUCUUUGUUCUCAUAUUUAGACAUAUGCGAAUAUGUUGUAAGAAAUAAUUAAAGUUCACCAUAGUGUGUGAAGUUUUGAAAUAGGUAUAGUAUGUGGCAAAUAAUAGCUAGUUAUUUUUAUGUUAGGUAUUUUUAAAACUUAAGGAGCUUAAUUCUUGGGCAUAAUUGGGGUUUUAAUUGUGUUAUUAAUUGAAACUAGAUAUUUAGAUUUCAAUUAAUAAUAUUUUCUAUUCAUUUUAUCAAAAGUGAGAAAGUAUGUACAUUUUAAAAUAAUACUUCGUAAUAAAUCUUA